UAGUGCUAACAGUGCCCAUGCCCCAAGCGCCGAGCCACCGCCUGACAUUUUGCUGCCUUGCACCAGGUUGCGAAAAGGAAGACCCCCUGGAUAUUUCUCCGAAUAACUUCAAUUUCAUCCAAGCAAAUACUAUACAAAUCAUUCAGUGAAUCUUAGUCAUUCAUUUCUUGACUUUAUCAUCAUAUACAUCUCACGGUACUUAUAAGAUACCUUGACAAUUUUCAAAAUACCAAAAUAACUUACACUACAAUCAAGUGUGGAUGAUCUACCACAACAUCCCAGUGUUGAUCUCCUCCUUUCAGCCGCCAAUUCGAUAUCUCACCCUUUUUAAAGAACCAUAACCUUACACAUUCAUCUUUAUAAUUACCCAUAAAUCCGACAAUCUGGAUCCGACGACUUUUCCACUGAGCUCUCCCGCUCAAUUUCACGACGCAGUAGACUCGAUGGACGGCGAAAUCGCAUAUGACAACCAGGGAGUCGACCCACCUCAGGACGAUGCUAUGGUUGGAAUAGAGGAGAGAGCACAUACGCCAACACAUAACACGCGACACUCUGCAUCUGCAUCUGCAGACUUUCAAACCCCAUCACAAUAUCCACAAGAAUACCCUGCCUCACCUCCACAAGAAGAUUCGACAAACGGUCGAUAUCCUACACCUCCCACAGCCUUUCCUGCGUCACUGUCGCGUCCAGCUUCCGGUCUAUCAGGAAAUGGCAACUAUGGAAAUGCAUAUCAAGAACAAAAUUCAAGGAGUUCAGGUGCGAGUACCGAACAACAGCAACAACAACGAGGCUCGAAGAAUAGCGUCGUCAUCAAAGUUGGCAUGGUAGGGGAUGCACAAAUUGGGAAAACCUCCUUGAUGGUCAAGUAUGUGGAAGGGAGUUGGGAUGAAGAUUAUAUUCAAACCUUGGGAGUCAAUUUCAUGGAGAAAACCAUAUCUAUACGUAAUACCGAGAUCACAUUCUCAAUAUGGGAUUUGGGAGGACAGAGGGAGUUUGUGAAUAUGUUACCACUUGUUUGCAACGAUGCAGUGGCUAUAUUAUUCAUGUUUGAUUUGACGAGGAAGAGUACGUUGAAUAGUAUCAAGGAGUGGUAUAGACAGGGGAGGGGCUUCAACAAGACGGCGAUUCCAUUCUUGGUCGGCACUAAAUACGAUCAUUUUGUGAACUUCCCGAGAGAGGAUCAAGAGGAGAUCUCGAAUCAGGUUGGUUUUACAAAUGCUUGAUUUUGUUGAGCUUUGAGAUGUGCUGACGGAAGUGAUUUUAGGCUCGAAGAUUCGCGAAAGCAAUGCGCGCGAGUCUGAUUUUUAGUAGUACAAGUCAUAGCAUCAAUGUCCAGAAGGUAAGCCAGUCUAUAUAUCAUUGCUACAUAGCAAUUCGUGCUCCGCACCAUUUUACUCAAUUAUUAUACAUCAGCUAAUAAACCCUUCACUUCCAGAUCUUCAAAAUUGUCCUCUCAAAAGCCUUUGAUCUUAAAUGCACAAUCCCGGAAAUCGAAAAUGUCGGCGAACCUCUUCUCCUUUACCAGUCCGUUGGUUAGAUUCCUUUGCUGCUAAUCGGAUUCACCGUUUCUCUAUGCCUCCAACAAUCACUCCACCAGCCAUAACCCUCAUACUCGCGACCAUCGUUCUCCUUCUCCAUUGUGACGUCGCCCACUACAAUCCACCACAACCAACACCUAACAUCUACCAUACCUCUGAUUAGAGCCUAAAAAUGCGGAAGGAAUGCAUAAAUCCCAACGCUGGAAAAAUUAAAGAAAUCUUCACACCAUACACACCACGCCAGAUUAUUCCAUUACCGAAAUCUGGCAUUAUUUCACACAUAUCAACCAAUGGGCAUUCAGGCAAGGCAAGGCGCGCGGGGAAAUUGGGAAGGGGAAUAAAUUCGUUGUAAUUUUAUCUCUCUAAUUUCUACAAAUCCAUUUUUUGUCUCAUCUUGACUCGGCACUGCAUAGCCGCGUCAUUAAGUCUAAGCAAGCUUUUUCAAAGGAA